AUGACAGUUACUUUAAAGUUGGAGCAAAACUUCUUGCCUGUUAAGUAUACCGAAAGUUUGAGUGACGAUAAACAGCCGAUGAACGUAAUUUUUAUCAAUUGCGAAAGAGACGUGAAGAAAGUGAGAAAUUUAUCAAAAGAUUUAAGCCUCUAUGGAAACAUAAAUCUGCUCCUAUUUGUGAAAGCAUUUGAAUCCCCUUUGAUCGCAACAUGUACCAAUCCAGUUGGGAAUCCAUUCCUUCUAAGCGAAGGCGUUUCAUUCUUUGUCAAAUGCUACGAAGACAUUGCAAUUCGAGAAUGGUACGCUUUUAAUAAAAAUCAACUGGAAAUUUACGAAAGGGUGACUUGGGAACCAGAAAGAAGACUCAUUCUUAAAUCGAGGAAAUUAAUGCAAAGCGAUAAUGAUAGUGUGAAUGGAAAAGUUCUGCGUAUUGGAAGAUUUUCGAUGUCUGACAAAUUCGAUGAAUAUUUGGAUGAAUUAUUUCUUGCCCUGAAAUUGGCUGGCAAUUUUACGACUAAGACUAAUGAAAUCAAAGGAAAUGUUCGCAGCGGGUCUUGGAACUCAAGCAGCCAGACAUGGUCAGGUGGUAUGGGCCUCAUUCAAAAUCGUGAGAUCGAUAUUUUAGGAUACGUAUUGCCGCCAUUUCCAACAAUUUUACGUUACGCUGAUUUAACUGUACCUCUACAAAACAUUGAUUUACGCAUUUAUAUCAGAAAGCCAACAUCUAAAGUAGGAAUUUUGUGGGCUGGUUAUUUGAAGCCAUUUACUUACCAAACUUGGUGCGCUCUGAUUGCGGUUCUUCUAGUUACUGUAACUCUUCUAACAUUCUUGAGACGCAAAGUAGAAAAUGGCUUAUACCACGGUGCCAUUUCAGAAAACUUUCUACAUGUUUGGGGAUGUUACUUUCAACAGGGAUUACCAGAAUUUCCGGAAGCUUUACCUCUGCGAAUAUUUUAUUAUUCAACAAUACUUUUUGGAUUCUUCAUGUUUGCUAUUUACUCGGCAUCCUUUGUAAGUGAAUUGACUAUACUUCAGGACAAUUUACCUUUCAAAUCAGCGGAAGGAUUUGUGAAAGACAAAUCCUACAAGCUAGCAACUAAUUCUCCUCUCUUUUAUGAUGAGCGCGUGAAAAACGGUUGGACUAAUUUGGGAGAACCAUUACCUCCAAUAGGUCCAUGUGAGGUUUCUGGUGCCCCAUCACGCGCUGCUGAUAAGGUUCAAGUCCCGGUGAUCUGUGCCGGUCUCAUGGAUUUGGGGGGGAAGGCAAACAUACUUCGAGAGGAGUGUAUGUGA